UUACAGGAAGUUGCUGCAAGGAAAAGAUGGAAUUGAAUAUCCCCCUGCCAGAGGAAGUGAUUCCUCUCCCAUCAUCACCUUCUAGGAAUGGUCUCAUGCUGAUGGACAACCAGACUUCCCAUACCGACAGUGCUUCUCGAUCCCCUGAGCUUGAUGAGAAGUAUUCACCAAGUCAUGCUUUGGAUUCUGAUGGGGAAAGUGAUCUGAUGGAAGUAUCUCCAAUUCCUGAUGCAGAAUCUAUCCCAUUGCCUCCAGGUCACCCUGAUGGACAAAAGAAAUCCACAAAAGUGCCUGUUCUUGGAAAAUCCCAAGCAAAGAAACGCUUACUUGCUUUCAGUGUUUCUAAAAGUGGGAAACUUGGACGUGGUGCAUUUGAUGAUGAUGACUUGCCCAAGGAAGAGAAGGAGAUCCUCAAGAAAGAACGGGAGCAAGCUCUUGGCAUUGAGAAGAAGUCAUUGAAGAAGAUGGAAGCUAAGAGUAAUAUAGAAGCCAUAAUGGAAGAGGAGUUGAAGGAAAGGGCUGUUAAAGGUGCAGGAAACAUGAUGGCACCUGUGAUACAUGAACAUAAGAUGGCAUUCUUGGCCCUAAGGACAAAAGCAGUUGAGAUGGCUGUAAGUCAGAUGGAAGAGAAAGACAGUCGGGAUAAAAGGGAAGAUGAGGAUAGCAAGGAAGAGAAAGAUGACAAGAAAAGAAAGAAGAAAAGGAGGAAGAGUCGAAGUCGUAGUUCCAGUCGUUCGAAGAGUCGAAGUCGGGAUCAAUCUCAUCGUAAGAAACGCAGACGAUCACAUAGACGUAGUCACAGCCGAAGCCACAGUUCAAGCCAAAGAAGUAGAAGGCAUAGUCGAAGUCGGGAUCGGCCCAAGAGUCGCAGUCAAAGCCGAGAUAGACAUCGCAGUCAGAGACGAAAGAGCCGAAGUCAUGAUCGACCUAAAAAAUCCAAGGUUCAUCUCUUAGCUCUCAAGAAUUGGAAGGAUAUAAAGGAUUCAAAGAUGACAUUUGAAGACAUGUCAUUGUUGAAGCGGCGGGAAGAGAGAGAAAUCCUCCGUAAACGUGAUGCUCCACGAGAAAGGCCAUCUCAGUCUGAUUCCAGAAAGGUAGCAGAGAAGGAGAAGGAGGAGACAAAGAAAGAAGAGGUAUUAGAUAAGGUCACACUGUCAUUUGAUCUCCUGCUUCAUCCUUUCCAAGUGAUCUCAGAAAAUGGCCGGAUAAGGAAGGACUUCCCUGCGAACUGCAUCAAGAAGACAAAAACCGAACCUUCAAUCCCUUAUUGUGCAAAUCCAACAGUGGUGCCUGGUGGCUAUAAAAGCAGAGAGGAAGUUUUCAAAUCUUCUCCUGCUGCAGAAGUAUCCACCAUGGAGGCCACCAUCUCCUCACACCUUUCCCCUCGUCUCCAAGAGCCUCCUCGGCAAUGGUACCAGCAGGAGUUGGCAAAAUUCCUUCACCCAGAUGACAAUGAGGAUAUCCCUUUUGGUGAGGGCCUGGAUCUCAUCCUACCCAAAUCUAGAUGGGAUUCUGACAAUGAGGACUCUGAGGCAACUGAGACAAGACAACAGCUCUUGUCUAAAAAUAUCGACCGUAAGGCAAACUUGAAUUUGCCUAAACAAGUUUCAGAAGUUGACGUACUGGUGCAAAAAGAGAGAACAGGCUUUGCUGCAAAAGAUCAGGAAGAGCAGGGUAUGAGAGUAAGCCCAAGGGAAAAAAUGAAAAAGGAAAAUGAUGAGCCGUUAAGGCGUUCUCAAAGUGUAGAAGAAGGAGAAGUGAGUGAAGAAGAAGGUGGGGAAGAUAAUGAUAAAAAGGGAGGAAAGAAGAAAGGGGAAAAGAUGGAGUCUCCGGACAUACUUAAAACCAAGUCUAGCCCUCAAUUGGCUCAUCUUUACCAAGAAUCCGAUAAAAUUGAGUUAGUACAGUCAGAAGAGACAAGUACCAUCAGACCAGAGAAGCAGUCAUGGAUUGCAGAAAAUGAGAAAGGAGGAUCUAAAGCAUUGGUUUCUAAACAUAAUGUUGGCAUGGAAAGGAGUAGGCAGAAUGAUAGUAGGAAUGAACAAGUGGAGGAUGAAGGAGAUGAGGAAGAAUGGAUAGAGAGAAAAGUCCCUUCUCCAAAACAGGGGAGUGACAAGGAAGAAGAAAGUGAGGAUGAGGCAAAGAAGAGAAAGAGGCAGAACAGUAAAGAGGAUCACUCGCAUCAUCAUAUGGAUGAUAAGGAUAAGAAGAAGAAAGAUUCAAGUAAGGAGGAAGAGAAGGAGGAAGGUGACACAACUACAUUAAUGAAUGAAAGAGCUCAGGACAAGAAAUUGAGAAAUGAGAUCCAGUCAUUGGAGAAGAGAAGGAAAGAAUCUUCAUCUGAGAGUGAGAUUUCCAAUAGCAGUGAGGAAGAAAAUCUGAAAAAGAAGAAGACAAAGAAGAAAAAAAAGCAAUUGGAAAAGAAAAAGCAGAAAAAGAAGAAAAAGAAGAUGAGCAGAGUGAGUUCAUCUGAAGAAGGCUCAUCUUCAGAUGAUGAAACAGAAGAAGAGGAGGAAAGUCAAGUACAGGAGAAGGAAAUUAAGAAGAAAAUAAGAGGGAAGGAGAGCAAUGAAGACAGGGAAAGCCAAGAAUCAGAAGAUGAUGUUGAAGGUCUUAUGUUGGAGGAGAGAAAGAGGAAGAAGAGUGAGUCAUCUACUGCAUCUGCAAAAAGAAAAAAGAAAACUAAAGGCUCUCUUUUGGAGAAGAAAAAAAGAAAAAAGGAAAAGAAAGAUAAAAAGAAGCAAAAAAAGCAGAAAAAGAAACUGAAGAAGAGAAAGAAGAAAGUUGAGGAGCAGGAAGGGGGGGACAGCGGUAGUACGAUGUCGGAAUCUCCAAAGACAGACUCUGAGGAUGAUGGUGAUGCUGUUCAUACCAGUAAUCAUCCACACUCAAAGAGGAAGUCAGGUCAGUCAAACUCUAUCUCUGCUCGAAAGUCAACAGGAAACCAGAAGGAGGAGGAAAGGAAGAAGGACAGUGGUGGGUCCUCAGAUUCCGAAAUGGAUCAGGUUGGACACCAAACUGAAAUGAGAAAUAGAAAAUUAUCUUGGGAUGCAGCCCAUGGUAUCAAAUCCAAGAAGUGGGAGGAAGAAAUGAGACAUUUCACUGGAUCAAUAGCACCUCAUUCUGACCUCAUGCAACAUGUUGCACAUGCAGAGGCUCCUUUCUGCUCCCCUCAUACCAAUGAUACAGAGUUCUCAUUCAAAUCUGAAACCAUGCAGGAGGUCCAUCUUGAUGAGAAGAAUAUAAUGGAUGGUGAAGAAAGAGAGACAGAAUUGUACAGUCCAAGUCGUCUGUCAGAUGUGGAUGCAACCAGUCUCUCUCCAACUGGCAAAGAAACACCUCAGAAAUCUGAUUCUUUGUUUGACAUCUUUGAGGAUUCAUCUGAGGACUCAUCAAAGGAAAAGGAAAAAGAAUACUUGGCCAAAGACAGGAGAUUCAAAGCCAGUGAUUCCAAGAGGCAAAGCCCAAGUCCAGAAAAAAGGGAACAGGCCUUGAGUGAGACUUCACAUCACUCCAACAAGGAAGAAAGUACAUCCACUUCUGUUCUGUUGACUCUUGAGGAAGCAUCUCGGGAUAGCAUUGAGGAAGUAGACAUGGAAUUAGUAGAUGAAGAUGAAGAGAGCUUCUCACUUCCUGGUCAAGUUGGUAGUGGGAUUGAUGUUGACAGUAUUCCAAUGCCAGGAGAAGAGAUGUUGACUCCAAAACAAUGGCAGAAUGACAUCCCCCCUCCUCCUGGAGAAAAUCCAGAAACAGACGAAGAAGAGGAAAAAGGGGAAGAAGAAAAUGAAGUGGAAAUCUCAAAGGCAUUACUUAUUUCAUCUACUCAUUCACCAUCUAUUAUGAAAAAUCCUUCCAGCAGAAUCCCAGCAGAAGAGACUGAAACUAGGCUCACUGUGAUGUGUGAUAAGGAGAUCCUGAAUUCACCCAUCAGACAUGAUGUUACCCCCUUUUCAUCAUCCCUCAAUAUGAAAUGGGUCAGUUAUCCCAAUGAAGCCACCUUUGUCAAAACUCCAUCUGAUCUUAAUACAAUUUCAAGCCCAUCACCAACAAAACUAAAGAUUUCAUGGAACAGGCUACAGACUGGGAAGGGAUUGCCUUUGAAGCCUCCUGCAUCAAAGUUCUUUGAUGCUGAACUAUCAAAAAUACCCAUGGAUGAUAUGUCUGAUGCUAGUGCUGCCUCUCCAGAUCUUAAAGUUUCUCCACCAGAUUUUGGUCAUGGAGAUGUAAGUCAUGGACUGAAGAUGGUGAAUAAUCAAGGCAAUGAGGGUCACCAUCAGAGACAAGUGUCAGAACAACUCAAUGAGUCAUUAACUUCAAUGGUGCAUCAUGAGUCUAUCCUUACUCUGGUUUCAUCAAGCCAUCCAGAAGGAAGUGAAGUCAGCUCAUCAGAUUUCAAACGCAUGCAUGAGGCCUCUCUGAAUGUUCACAUUGAUCAUGAUGGCACUCCUGUGUUGAAAGAGACCCAAGGAAGACAGAAGGAAAAGCCUAAGUUUGAAUCCUCUAAUAGGAUCUCAAAGUCCAGGUCAAAAAGCCCUUCUAGAGAUCAGCAUUCCUCACAUAAAUUGCAUAAGAGAUCAAAGUCAUCAAGGAAGAGAUCUAGAUCACUCUCCCCAAGGAGGAAAUCUAGGUCAAGGUCAUCUCCCCAGAGGAUAUCCCAGUCCAGAUCACCCAGGAAGAAGUCAAGGUCAAAAUCACCAAGGAAAAAGUCAAGGUCAAGAUCCCCUAGGAAGAAAUCCAGGUCCAGGUCUCCCAGAAGAAGACCAGCUUCUAAGUCACUCCAGAGGGGAUCUCACUCAAUAUCCCCAAAACGCAAGUCAAGAUCACCAAAGCGCGAGAGGAGGCCAAGAAAAAGAUCCUGGUCAAGAUCCCAGUCUCCAAAAAAGUCAUCCAGAGAGGAGCCUCGAAGUCGGCGGAGGUCUCACUCCAGAUCCCCAUGUCAUAAGGGUGAUUCUCGAGUCAGAGGCCUGAGGAGAUCCAGAUCCCGAAGUCCUAGGCAAAAGAGGUCUUGGUCUCCCAGGAGAGAGGGAAAGGCAAGAUCCAGGAGGACCAGGUCCCCAAAGGAGUGGGAUGAAGAAUAUAAACACCAAGAAGGUGAGAAACAGGAAGACACCAGGAGAAGAAAUGCUGAAUCCAAAAAGCCUUUUACCUCUGAGAAUGAGGAGAUCCAAGAUGAGACAGGAAGUCAACUUGCUCAUGAGGAAGAUCGUCAGCAUGGUCAACAAUCGUUCGAUGACGAUGAUGGUCAUGGCUGGCAGAGUCGUCAAGUUUAUGAAAAUGACAGGCAUAGUCAACGACUAUACAAGGAAGAUGAUCAACAUAGUCUCAGGUCAACUGAUGAAGAGGGUCAUCGAAGUCGACAAUCUUAUGAUGAAAAUGGCCAUUGCAUUCGUCGAUCAUAUGAUGAAGAUGACUGUCACAGUCAUUAUUAUGAAGAACAACAUGGUGAAAGUCGAAUGCAUAAGCCAGAUGAAAACUAUGACCGGCUCAAGUCUCACUUAGGAAAAAGAGGAAGUUCAUCAUCCAGUCCUUUGUGUGACAGACUUGAGGCCUCUUAUGAGGGAAGGGAGGAGAUUGGGGUACUGCAUGAAUCUCACUCCUUCCAAGACAAGAAUGAUAGUACCAUGCAUUUACGUAUUCCUGCUCUCAUGGAUAUUCAUAUCCCUGACCCGUACGAUCCACAUGAUGCUGAGAUUUCUCAUGCAUCUGGCUCUGCCACUGGUAUGCCUGUGAGAGAGGAGGAAGGUGAUGGAUGGCAUGGGCUGUCUCUAGAUGAACGUUUAGAGAAGCAGCUGGGAAUAGAGAUGAGCCCACCUCCACCUCUGAGACUUGACCCUAAACCACAACCUUCCCCUGCUUGGGCAUCCGGAAUGGUGCGUAGAGCAGGGAACCUCCUCGAGAUAGUACCAAUGGAGACUGAUGGAAUGGGAAAUCUCCCUCCACCUCCUUCAAUCCUUCCUCCAUGUUUUCCUCCACCUCUUCCAGCAUUCCUUCAUAUGCCACCUCCACCAAUUGACCUUUCUGUUUUGCCUCCACCUCCUAGAACCUCUACAGCUGAGAACCUCUUGCAGGUAUACACCAUGGACACAAUGCCAGACGAGUGCAGUGGAAAUGGUGGAAGUAGUCCACCUCCAUUACCACCACCAUUGCCUCCUGUUCCCCCUAUCACUGUUCCACCUCCACCUGAGGAGACAGGAAUAGAAGUGGCAGAUGAAGUGGAGAAGGAGUUGCCAAUGGGACUCCCAUCAGCCACUGAUCCCAACUUCAUGGCAGCCCUGAAGGCAAGCAGUGGUCAGAAGCAUCCCUAUGUGUCCAUGAUCAUGGCUCAGCUGAAGGAAGUGGAGAAACAGAGACGUAAGAAGGAGAAGGAGAUGCGCAAGGCCCUGAAGAAGAAGCAAAAGGAGGAAAGGAAACAGCGAAAGCUGCUACGACGCAUGAAGAAGGCCACUGCUGCCCUGGCUGCUGUACAGCCAGAUGCAGAUGAAGAAGAUGAGAAGGAGAACGUAAAGGAUCCUCUGACUGUGGAAGAUUCCUUAGAGCUUCUUCACACUGGAGUGAUAGACAAGAAGGGAAAGAAGAAGAAGAAAAGGAAGAAGGUGAGGGUGGUGCUCAAAACUGCAAAGGGAGAGGGAAGCGAAGGAGAAAAAAAAGAGGAACAAGAAGGAAGAGGAGGAGCUGCAGGAAGAAAGGGAGAAGAUGUACCAGUGAAACCAGGAGAAGCUGUGGAGGCAGAGGAGAAGAUGCCAAGGGAAAGUGUUGCCCUUCCUGCUCCCCCAGAGAGGGGAAUCUUGCUCUGGGAUGGAUAUCGACCUCCGGUGGAGAGCAGUCAGGGAGAAGGAGGAGAGGAGUCUAGGUUAAAGAAUGUGCGCUUCGCAGAUGGAGUUCUUCCCGGGGAGGGGUCGUCUCCCGAGCCAGAAGAACGGGUCACCUCACCUCCCCUGCGGACUGAAGAAGACCUCCUCAGGCGUGAGGAGGAGGAAGAACUUACUGCUUCUGGCAAAAAGAAGCACAAGCAAAGAAAACUUUCCAAGGAGGAGCUGGAAGCAUUGCCACCUCCACCACCACCUUCAUCUCCCCCGCCUUCGUAUCUACAGAGUCUGGUAUAUCUUUACCAGGCCUAUAUGAGCCAGGUUUCUCAACCAGCUUCACAUUUUCCCCCUGGUGAAGGGAAUGGUGAGGAAAAUAGAGAAGAAGGAGAAGGGCAUUUCCAUGGAUUCCCAACUCCAAAACCUCCACCUUUGCCCAUCUUGAACUCUUCCCUCUGAAGUGAUUGCUCCUCUCCCGUUCAUUGUGUCGAUGCUAGAUUUGUCUUUUCUCUCUCACUGUCGUAGCAUCUUGCGAAAUCGAGAGGGACACUUGUUUUGGGAGAGCGAUGAUGUUGCUCGUGUUGACUUUCCUCUGGGUCUAUCCCCUUUUGUUUGUUUUUUGUCCCACUUUCCUCUCCUGUGCUUCAAUUCCCUGUGGAUGAAGAAAGGGAGGAAAGUAAAGUACAGGUAAUGAAGGUCUCUUCUGAACCCCACCUGGUCUCUCUCUCUCUCUCUCUCUCUCUCUCUCUCAUGAUAUGAUUGUAGCUCUGAAUAGAAAGUUCUGUCUGAGAAGAGGACAAUUCCUCUUGGAAUCUGGAAUCAGUCGAAAGACCACGAAGACGCCGACGUAGCAGAUGGAUGCUGACUUCCUAUACUGGAUGGAAUACACAUGAAUUCUCGUGAUCAAAAUUGUUUCAUGCUGCUAUGUAUCCUGAAAAUGGAAAGUUGGAAUGUCUUUGUCAAAUUGUGAUUUAUUGUCAUGUGACGGCAUACCUGGUGUCAGCAGGAAGACUUGGUAGUUUUGUGGGGGGGUCUCCUUGUGUGCCAUCCAUGCACCUUCACAAAGACUCCUGAAUCAUAGUUCUACUUGAAAAACUUGUGACUGUUGACCAGAGAGCUGAAGUUCGUUCAUGUUAAAGUCCUAGUUGACUUUUUGCACACACGCAUCGGUGCACAAAACUGAUGCACCGAUGCAUCAGUUCCUCAGAGGAUGAAAACCGACUGGCUCUAUGGGAACUCCAUUCUGACUUUGUGCUCUGCUUUGAGAGACCUUUGCUAUUAGAUUUUGCCGUCCAAGAGAAAAUUGUGUGCAACAUGAUCAUCAUUCUUUGAAGGCAUGG